UGUAUUAAAUAAAAUCACUGCAUGAUCUGUCCAAUUAUGUUGAUUAAUUAAGGGCAGAGAUUAAUUAUGCAAGACACUGUAUGUAAUAAUGAGCUUAUCUGCAUAAAAGCUAUUUCACUUACGUUUACAGGGAAAAACACUCCGUUAUAUUUUACCAGAAACAUCCAUAUAUAAAUUAAGAACUUAGGAACUCAGUUUAGAAAGUUGCGAGACACUGUGAUUUGUUUAAUAAUUAAAUUUUAUAUCUAUAUAACAAUAUUCCUAACGUGGUGAAAUAUCCGGUUGAUGCAGUGUAGGGAGAAUUCUACGCUACUGUUACAAUUCAGUUAGCACCAUCCUGUGAAGAACAGCGACCGCUCAGCUCCACCAAUAGGAGACCGGCGCGAGCUCAGGCUCCAUCUCCAAUCAGUAUUCGGUCCCUAUAUGAGUGCACUACAUAAGUUGAGGAAUAAUGGCGCGCGCACCAUACUUAGUACACUCUAUACUCUAUAGGAAGUCAUUUGGAAUCCAGCCACGGAGCAGCCUGCAAACACACAGUUUAUCCUCACCACUGAGACAUCAUUUAGAAACGUCUAGGUCGCGCAGUGUUGAAUAAAUCUUAUAUUUAGGAAGGAUAUCAGCAAAGAAACGACAAAGGUUGAUAGCCAUUAGGUUUAAAAGUGGACUGUUAAUAUGGAUGCCGUCUCGGUCUGUGAUGAGCGCUAUGUGAUAAGUGAAAUAAAUCAGACGACGGCAGAAGGACCUGCUCCAAGUGAGAUCCCGAAGGUGUCAUUGUGUCCCCCAGACAGUGAGGAUGCAGAGUCUCCAACGAAUGAAAUUCCCAUCGAGGGGGACCACAUAAACCAUCUGUCCACACCACCUUCCUCCUCUCAACUGUACGACCAAGUGUUGCAAAGCCAUGCCUACCAGUCACCUCAACUCAAGAGAUGCCCGUGCUGCGACCACCAGCAGCCAGUCACAGACAAUGUCUGUCUGAAUCAAACAAACGUGUCUUCUCAUUCAGACUGCGCAAGCAAUGCUGUCAAGACAGUUCACAGGACUGAGAGACUUCACCGGAUCCCAAAGAAGUAG